GUCUAACGACGUACUGCGCAUGUCAGUGCAAAAGAUACACGACAACUGCAUGACCACCGCGCUCACGUACAUUAAUUCAUUCAUUCAUUCAGGUGUGAAAAAUGGGGAAGGCUCUUUCCCACCUGCCGAAGCAUACCUGUCAUGAUGAGUGUAAGGACAGCCUGACUUCAUCGCCCGGGUACAGCGCCAUGCAGACUGAUGACAGUAAGAAUAGGGGAGACGUGUCUCAGUUCCCUUACGUGGAGUUCACUGGCCGAGACAGCGUCACCUGCCCCACAUGCCAAGGCACUGGAAGGAUCCCGCGAGGUCAAGAAAAUCAGCUGGUGGCCCUGAUCCCAUACAGCGACCAGAGGCUGAGACCCAGGAGAACCAAGCUGUAUGUGACUGCUUCAGUCAUUGUGUGCCUGCUGCUCUCCAGCCUGGCUGUGUUCUUUCUUUUCCCACGUUCCAUUGAUGUCAACUAUGUGGGAGUGAAGUCUGUCUACGUGUCCUAUGACCAGAGCAAACGCAUUGUGUAUCUCAAUGUCACUAACUCAUUGAAUAUUACUAACAACAACUAUUACUCGGUGGACGUGGCCAACAUCACAGCCCAGGUGCAGUUUUCCAAGACUGUGAUAGGAAAAACCCGCAUUAGCAACAUAACCACUAUUGGCCCUCUGGAUAUGAAGCAGAUUGACUACAUGGUGCCCACCACUAUUGCAGAUGAAAUGAGCUAUAUGUAUGACUACUGUACCCUGCAGAGCAUCAAGGUGCACAACAUUGUGGUUAUGAUGCAGAUAACUGUCACUACCGUGUACUUUGGCCAUGCUGAGCAGGUGUCUCAGGAGAUGUACCAGUAUGUGGAUUGUGGAGAAAACACUACUGCUCUGCAUGAGUACAGUCUGAAUACCCCUUUGGGAGGCUAGAGCUGAGCCUGAUAGUGUAACACAUCACCCUGUCCCUCACCGCUCCACUCCAUGUGUCAUUGUUUUGGCAAAACUGGUUGAUGGUUUACUGCACUUCUGCCAGUUAACCACUAUAUGUCAGGCUGUUUGCAAUUCACGAAUGAUGCACUUUAUUGUCCAUGCUCUCCAAGCAAUAUGAACAUUGCAAGGUCUCGUAGUUCUCAUUCCAGUUCACUUUGCCAAACUGAAUUGUUCGCAGCACAUUCUUUUUUGACAAAGUUCCCUUAUUUUCAAGCACUACCUAUUUAAAUCCUCUCUAAAGUGAUGUAAUGAUAUAUUUGAUGACCAGCUGUGCUUUGGGUUAUUUUUAUUUCUAUAUCUAACCUGAUAUUCAUUACAGUUUCAGUGAUGGGAUCAGUCUUAACCCAAACAUCCUAAUAGGAGUUUAUGGCAAUGGAAAUAUUCUAGAAGAAUGGGUUCCUGUUAAUGCCUUGUUCCACAGAUUUGGUUUAGACUCAGAGGUGGAAUUACAUGAUGCUGCCUUCUGAGGGGGUGUAUAUUUAGAGACUACUGAGGGGAUGCCAGUGUAUAUAGCGCACAAGUUGGUAAAAGUAAAAUGCUUCAAUCUAUUUAUUUUGUUUGGACUUUGAUAGCAGCGUUUCUCAUUGUUAAUCUGUCAAUCUCUCCAUGAGAAAUUGCCUCCAAAUGCAAAUUGAUAACACACGAAUUACAUGGAACAACAAUCACUGUAAUCUGAGAGCAUCCGCCUGCUUGAACAAUGGAGGAUAGUAUGAGAUGAUCAUUCCCUCAGAUUCCCUAAUGUUCACUAGAUGUGAUGUUUAGAUUGAGAGAACUUUGAUAACAUUUUUAACAUUUCUCAAAAUGGAACUUUACAUUUUUAAACAUUUUAAUCAUGUUGAAAAAAAGCUUCACAGAUUAUUUUUGCUUAAAGAUGGACUCUUUCCUCUGUAAUAGAAAUGGCUGCUAACAUGACGUGGCAUUUAUGCAGUUCAUAACAACCGCUGGUGAUGUACAUGUAUAUGUAACACUUGUGAUUUUUGAGAAAAGUGGUUUGGACUGCUUUAGAGAUACACUGAAAUAACACGAUGCUGACUGGUUUCCAUUAAAUAAACCUCUUUUGAGUCA